GCUGGUGAAUAAACGAAGAUUCAAUAAAAGAAGAACAUAAGAAGUUAUAAAAUGACGAAAAAAGUUGUUAAAACAAAACUGGUUCCACCGGACGGUGGAUGGGGAUGGGUCGUUCUUUUUUCUGCUCUCCUUGUUAACUUCCUGAUACCGGGGACAGUCAAGUCCUUUGGUGUUCUCUUUGUUGAAUUCCUUCAGGUAUUUAAGGCAUCACCUACUGCGGCUUCGUGGAUGCCUGCACUUUGUUACUUUCUUUACAGUUCAUUAGGUCCUUUGUCAAGUGUUUUAUCAAUUAAGUAUUCGUACAGAGUUGUUACAUUAAUUGGAGGUACAUUUGCUGCACUUGGAAUGAUGUUAAGUUAUUUUGCUACGUCAGUUUCUUAUUUAUAUGUCAGCUAUGGCCUAAUGGUCGGUAUCGGAGCUGGUCUAACCUUUCCCCCGACAAUUUACAUAGUCACCGCUUAUUUUGAACGUUUACGCGGCCUUGCAAAUGGCCUCUGUAUUUCUGGAAGUGCAAUUGGUACCAUAGUACUACCACCAUUCCUUCAGUAUCUCCUGAAUCAUUUUGGCCAUCGAGGAGCUGUUCUAAUAAUGGGCGCUUUGACACUCAAUACAUUGGUCUGUGCACUUCUUUACCAUCCGGUUAGCGAACACAUGAAAGAAGUACCGGUCGAGGGUAUCGAUAAUGCAGCAUUGACGCUCGACGAACCGAUAAUUGAAGCUAAAAUGUUAACUGACGGUAAAACAGAAGUACCGACUGACCCAAAUCAUGACCGCCUUACCGAACUAUCGAAAUAUCUCGAAAAAAAUUUAGACCCUUCAUCCGUCACAAUUAUCAAUGAAAAUGAAAAGGAUCAAGACAAAUUUCAAGAUGUUGAAUAUGAAAAAAGUGAAACUACUGAAACUAAUGAACUACCAACUGAAACAGUUGUUAAUUUAUCGGCACUCAGUCGUACCAAUUCAACGAGAGUUAGCAAAAAAAAUUUUCAUCUAUCGCGUCAGCACAGUAUCGUUUCCGAAAUGGGCCCAAUUGCCUUAAGCCCUCGUAAUAACGUGCCCGGAUUAUUUCGCCGUUUUUUUAAAACUCCCACUAAGAAAAUUCGCCAGCGUGGUGAUGCUAAGACAAAAUCAAAUAAUUUGAAAAUAGUCAAAGACGACAAGAGUGACGAAGCUUAUCAGGGUACUGUGACCAUCAAUAGCACGGAUUCGAAUUCUACAAUCCAUAGUUCGGAGUCCAGCGCAACCAUUAGCACCGAUUCAGGUUCCAGUUCUUCAACUAGUGAAGAAAACAAAUUCUUUGACUUUAGUGUCCUGCGUGACCCAUUAUACCUUAUUAUUCUAAUAUCGAAUUGUACAUCCGCAAUAAGUAACACAAAUUUUAUGAUCUUAUUGCCAUCUUACGCGAUUUCGGAAGGGUUUGAUAAAAAUAUGUCCGCGCUACUAUUGUCCAUUGUAUCAGCACUAGACUUAGUUGGUCGUAUAGGUGGCGCAUCACUAUCUGACAUUGAUUUCGUACCAAAGUAUUAUUAUUUUGUUGUAGGGUUAGGUCUUAGUGGAAUAGCGCUAGCUUUAUUACCAAUGGCGACUUCAUAUUUGAUGUUGUCAUUAUUUUGUGGGCUCUUUGGACUUUCUUCCGGCAUGUACAUUGGUAUUACUACUGUCAUACUUGCAGACAUGUUGGGAACAGAAAAACUGAGUUCAUCUUACGGGAUUUCACUGUUUGUUAAUGGGGUGCUACAGUUGGUAGGGCCACCAGUCUGUGGCGCGAUUUUUGAAAGAGUCGGAACAUAUAAGCCUAUUUUUUUAGCUUUUGGCAUUAUUUUAAUACUUGGUACAGCUUUGUGGGCUGUUGUACCGCUUAUUAAAAGAAAAUCUAAAGAACAACAAACAGAAUAACGAUUUCAUUAUUUUA